AUGAGUGACACGCGAACAACUGUUGGCGUGCCGGAAGUAGAGGACAGGGCGCUGAGGGAGGCGAGCGGAGCGGCAGGAGGGCGGCAGCGGCAAAAUUUUAUGCCCAAUACUGCCGUUUGUCCGUUCCCCUUUUGCACGCGUCAGUGUUUUUCUACGAAUGUGGGGUUUUCAAAGGCGACUGUUAAACGUCGUCGCCCAAUUAGGGCGAUUGGAACUUCAGAGCUUCAAUGCAAAAGAGACAAAAAGGCGGCCAAACUGCAUCGUUCUCGAGUUCUGCCAUGA